CUUUAAGACAAACCCUCACUCUUCCAAGAUCCCAUCAUCGAUUCUCUCUCUAGAAAGAAGAAGGGAUACAAAAUUCAUCUCUCCUUCUUUCUUCUCUUCAAAGGGGGGAAAAAGACAGUCUUGAUAAAGAAAAUCAAGAAGAGAAGAAAUCAAAUCAAAAGCAAAGAUGUCUUAUAGGGAGAAUGCUCAAGAUGACAACAUCACCAGCAACAUUUCUGUUGUCGCUCCUCCGCCAUCAGCUGGGAAGCAAUCUCCGCCGGUUGCUACGGGCUGCGACGGCCAGUCAGUCUUGAAGAGGCUACAAUCUGAGCUAAUGUCCUUAAUGAUGUGUGGAGAUCCGGGCAUCUCGGCUUUCCCUGAAGGAGACAACAUCUUCAACUGGAAAGGAACAAUCACAGGCAGCAAAGACACAGUGUACGAGGGAAUGAUAUACAAACUGUGUCUUUCUUUUCCAACGGAUUAUCCAUUCAAACCCCCAAAAGUGAAGUUUGAGACUGCCUGUUUUCAUCCCAAUGUCGAUGUUCUGGGAAACAUUUGCUUGGAUAUCCUUCAGGAUAAAUGGUCGUCUGCUUAUGAUGUCCGAACUAUUUUGCUCUCGAUUCAGAGUCUCUUGGGAGAGCCGAACAAUGAAUCACCACUGAAUACUCAAGCUGCGGCGCUUUGGAUCAAUCAAGAAGAGUUCAGGAAAAUGGUGGAGAAGCUUUACAAGGCAGCCUAGUGUCAAGAGCAUAUUUUUUGCAGUUUGUGUUUGUCAUACUGUUCAAAUGUAAGGGAGAGACAAGGGUCUUGUAUUAUUGCUUAUGUACUGAUAUGGGGAGAAAGGUUGUGUAAUUUACACCCCCACCCAUACCACCCCCCACUUCAAAACCCCGCGUCUACCCCACCCCAGCCAACAACCCCAUUGUCAAUCAAUGACUUCAUUCCCUUUUCUGAUGAAUUAGUUCCAAUUCCGAAGAAAAA